CAAUCGAUUCAAUGAACGACGCAAUGUCACACACCUCUAGUAGAGGAUAGAUAUCUUAUUUUAAUUUCAUACAUAAAGCAGUGAAUUUUAAUUCAGUCCGGGAUUAGUUUGUCCGAGUCUAUAUCUACAGUUUUGUUAAAUUUUUGGUAAUUUCGAUCCUUUCUUUGUACUAAAUUAAAAUAAAUUUGAAGUGCAUACGAAGUUUGUCUUUAAUAAAAAUACACAGUUGAUUGCAAACGAAAAAUUCCCAAUGCGCAGAGAACCAACAUUAGAACAAUUCAACAAAGGAAAAAGAAUUUGUGUUUCGGUGUUUCAGUUAAAAGCAUGAAGCAUUAUUUUAUCGAUCCGCUUUGGAAAUUGAAUUGUACUCAUAUAACAAACCAAUGGUGUAAGCAUAAGUGGAUAAAAAUGGGUGGAAUAUUAGACGAUAUUCGUGAAUUCUAGAAAGUAGACACAUUUUUGUUUCGUUUGGACACAUCGCUGACAAACGAGACUUUACCACCUGAUCUCUACACUCAUGCAGUGGAGGAAGCUUACAAGACUGAAAACAGCUACUGGAAAUUCGCGUACGCGAAGGAUGCUUUGCUGUGGCAGAAGAAAAGAAAAUGGACGUUCGGUUCCUGACCUAACUGCAAGUCCAGGUCGAGCACCACCUGCUCCAAUGCCAACAAAUCAGAAUGCAGCGUCAAAUCAGAGACAAAUAAGUGUAAAGGACCCAGUUUUAUUACAAGGAGAUUUCCGUAAAGUAUCUGGCAUCAGCUCAGAAAUAUUUCGACAAAUUGAAGCUGUAGAAAAUGAUCACGAUACUAGUACAGCAGCAGCCCUUGAGGCUGUUGAACGACGGGGAGAAAUGAUAGUUAGAGUCCUAGAAGCUAGAUGCAUCGGUGGUAGGCAAGCAGUUGAAUCUGCUCAAAAACUUUUAGCCAAGGGUGAUGCAAGACAUUCUGUACAAUUGGUAGAAAUAGUUAAAAGGCCGGGACAAACAUUGGGCUUAUAUAUACGUGAAGGAAAUGGCGCCGAUCGAUCAGAUGGCGUUUUUAUAUCUCGAAUAGCUUUAGAGUCGGCUGUUUAUAAUAGCGGAUGUCUUAGGGUUGGAGAUGAAAUAUUAGCUGUCAAUUUGGUAGAUGUAACUCACAUGUCACUAGAUGAUGUUGUGAUAAUAAUGUCAAUUCCAAGAAGACUUGUGCUUGCAAUUCGGCAGCGUCGUGGUGGUCGUGGGAGCAACUCGCCUGGUCCCACUCUCUCCAGGAGUGAACAAAAACCACCGCCCGUUGUAGUGAUUAAACGAGAACUUCGCGAUGAAGAUACAGAUGAAUUAGAUCGAAAUAACCGUUCAAGAUCAACUAGAGAGCGACGAACGGGUGACGGACGUGAAAUGACUGAAUCUAGAUCAAGGCUUGGCCUUGGAUUAAAUAACUAUAGUCCACAAAGUGAAAACUUAGAUUUAUACUACAGUUCACGGCAAAAUAUGAUUAAUGAGCCGAACUGGAGCUAUAAGCCCCCACCACCGCCAUCUGUUAUAACAGAACAACCAAAAAGUCAUUCAUUCGCCCCAUCACAUGCAUAUUAUCAAAACGCAGGGACGUUGGAAAGUCUUGCAGAGAAGGUUCAUUCAUUUUAUCCAGGACCAAACCGUCGCAUGUCAGCUGGUACUGGAAUGGGUAGUCAAUCACAUGUGCGCUUUCCUCGCAGUGGAUCAGAUCAACAUCUUCCGCGAGUUGAUUAUUCAGAUUUUUCAUCACUAAGCAGACAUUCACUCCUUCGUUCAAGUCUGAAAGCUGGUAUGAAUCCAUCAGGUGGAACUUUGGGUAGAUAUGGUAGAUAUGAAUCUCAACCAUCAACAAGGUCAAAGUUUGGACCGUCACCAACACAAGUCGCUUUAAGAAGAGUUCGACCAACGCUUGAUUAUUCAAGCGAUACGGAAGCUACCCUUCCUCCACCUCGGUCGAGCUAUUACUAUAGGCCAACAAUGAACAGUAUACCGAGAGGUGGUACUACAGCCAUGGGUGGAGGACCUGACUUAGCGAAAUUUAAUUCUCUUCCAAGAGAGAGGCCUGGUAAUACCCGUCUUGGACUACGUUCGCGCUUGGCAGAACGUUUAGGUGAUGAAAUCGAUGGUAAUAUAUCAGCUCCAGAGCUUCCUGCACAAAUUCGAGAUGUACGUAACCGAAUUGUGGCUCCAGCAACAUCUAUAUUUACAUCGGACGAAUAUCGAGCAUGGCUCAGGAGAGCUCCAAGUAGUUCUGCAAUUUAUGAACAAAUGCGAACAUCGCGAGAUAUUCUAAAUCAACAGAGAGCACACCGCUUCUCUUGUAGUGCAGAAAAUAUUCACGAUGCAUUGAAAAAUUGUAGCAGUAUUUAUAGCAGUAGAGCUAGCGGUAUGACAAAUACUUUGGAUCGUCAUAUUAGUGGGCCAAGACCUAUGAACACAGCUCCAAUACGUUCACUAUCAACACAACACAUUGGAAGUGGUCUUCCAUUACGUUCACCAAGCAUUCGAAGAAUGAGACAAUUACUCGAGUUUGGCGGCGCUCCCGCAAGUCCCGGCAGUGUAAUUAGUGGUCAUCAGAGUCCUGCUCCGACACCAACACGAACACAACGUCAAAUUGACAUCAAUCCAGCAGAAUUUUCAAAAUACAAAUUAGAAAAGCCAGUGUUGGAUAUUGGUGGGAUGUCUGGUAUGAUUUGGAUACAUUUACUAGCUGGACGGGGCUUGCGCUCGACACCUGAAGGCAGUCAAAUAACUACACAAAACAUUGUUAGAGAUCUUUAUUGUGUCUUAGAAUGCGACCGAGUACACAAAGCACGCACAGUUGUUCGGUCAGGCGAUUUACAAUUUGAUUGGGAUGAAUCAUUUGAAUUGGAUUUAGUAUCAAAUAAGCAGUUGGAUGUUCUAGUUUAUUCUUGGGAUCCACAGCACAGACAUAAACUUUGUUAUCGUGGUGCAGUUUCAUUGUCAACAUUACUCAGGCAAUCUCCACUUCAUCAACUUGCAUUAAAGGUUGAACCAAGGGGCACUAUUUAUUUACGUUUGAGGUACACGGAUCCCAAUACCUUAUAUCGCAGACGUGGCUUGCCAAAUUUACGUUCUGGAUAUCCACAGCUGUUUGGAGCUGACUUGGAAGCAGUAGUAACAAGAGAAGCAAAAAUAGUACCGGGUCAAGCACCGAUUCCAAUUGUACUUCGUCGAUGCGUGGAAGAAAUUGAACGACGGGGAUUAGACAUAAUUGGUUUAUACCGUCUUUGUGGAUCAGCUACCAAAAAAAGGCUAUUAAGAGAGGCAUUUGAGAGAAACUGUCGUGCCGUUGAACUUACUCCAGAUCACGUUCCGGAUAUUAAUGUUAUAACGGGAGUUUUGAAAGAUUAUUUAAGAGAAUUGCCAGAACCUUUAUUUACACGGUGUUUAUUUCAAAUGACAGUUGAUGCAUUAGGAGUAUGUUUACCAGAUGACCCGGAAGGAAAUGCAAAACUAAUGUUAAGCAUUUUAGAUUGUUUACCCCGAGCAAAUCGAGCAACACUAGUGUUUUUGCUUGAUCAUUUGUCAUUAGUAGUAUCAGCAUCUGAAAGGAAUAAAAUGUCUGCACAAGCAUUAGCAACUGUGAUGGGCCCACCUUUAAUGUUACACUCAUCAAAUGGUUCAAAUGGUUCUGAUGUAGAUCAUGCUCAGCCAAUAGCAGUAUUGAAGUACUUGCUUCAAAUAUGGCCACAGCCUCAAACUGUUACUAUCUCAGGUCAUCGCAACGAGCCUCAAGGGCAGCGUGGAAACAAAGUCAGUGUGUUGCCAGUGGAAAAAUUACUUCACAACCAACAUAUCAUGGAUUCAACAACAACACAGGUCGAGCAACAUCUUCCCUCGGAUAUUCACAACACUCGACCGUAUCAAUCGGCAGUGGCUCAGUCAGCUCAAUCGCUUCGACUCCAUCAAUCGGCGGUCAAGGAAUCAGUGGACUCAAUGGAGCUAGACCAAUCGCAACAUCCACAACUCGCAACACCCUCCCCAGAAAGUAGUUCAACUUCUACGAAUUCCGGUUCAGGGUCAGCAAAGAGUGCAGAUACAGUGAAAAGAGGUGUUUCGCCGAUAGCUCUUGUACCAUCACAGUCAAGUAGUAAACUUAGAGAUAGCAUUAGUAGUUUUUCAAUAAAUGCAAGUAAUAACUUGGAUGGAAAUGCAAAAGAUUCUUAUGCAGUUGAACAUGGUAAAAGUAGUAAUAAUAUUAGCACUAAAAAUGUUUUGUUUGCUACAAGUGUUGAAAAAAGUCUGUGUUCAUAUACGACAAAUGAUCAACUACCCACCAAUUCCAAUCAUUCGAAUUCAAUAGCAAACCCUACUUCUGAACUUCUGAAACAAAAAUUAUCACCUUUAUUACGUCAUCGAAACACACAACUAAACGUAUCAAAUCAUUUGAAUGAUACAAAGAACACUGCCAGUCAAACUAAAACGAAACAAAAUAUUCAAUCAGCAUUAGACAAUUUUUACCUUUCGUCAAUUGGCAAUUAUGAUAAAAAUAGACAUUUGGUGUUAUCAACUUCGAUGGAAUCAGAUUUACUUAUUCAAAAGACCGUAUCGCCAUCUUUAUCGUUAAGCAAUCAUAUGAACAGUUUACCGUCACAAUUCGCUAGAAGUAAUAACGUUCAAUAUCAGCAAGAAUCACUCAAGAAUAACUCAAAAAACUUUGCGAGUCAAGGAAAUACUUUAUUCAAUACGUUGAAUUCAAUGUCAAAUUCGAAUCCGCCUAUUACUUUAUCAAGCCAAACAUCAACAAACAUAACCACUCCAGUAACAAUAUCAACCUCAAUUUCUAAUGAUAAUUUUACAACUAAAAAUAUUAAUGGAACACUGCCAAAAACAACAAAUUCAAUUGCAAUUGGAAAUAUCUGUGGAAAUGUGUCUGCAGUGGCAAAUGAAUUUGAACAAUUGAUUGCACGAAAUACCAGUGCUAGUAGCUUUUCAAACAUUUCGACUAAUAACCACAGUAAUUAUAAUACGUUAGGUACAUAUCGUGUGCAGUACGCUUCAACUAAUCCAUUCUUAAAUAACUUUAAUUUGAACUCAAGCGAUUUAAGUAUCAAUUCAGAAUAUAAAACAACUGAUGGAAAAUAAAUUUUUGGAUGUUUAAUUUUUAUCGCUAAAAAAAAUGAAAAUUAAUCCAUUCUUAAAUAACUUUAAUUUGAACUCAAGCGAUUUAAGUAUCAACUCAGAAUAUAAAACAACUGAUGGAAAAUAAAUUUUUGGAUGUUUAAUUUUUAUCGCUAAAAAAAAUGAAAAUUAAUAUUCAAUGACUGAAUACACAUACAUCUUUCAAGAAUAAAGUAUGAAAUAUGAAGUUUUAUUUGCUAUAUCGUUUAAUGAAUAUAAUAAAGGAACGAGUACGACAUUUCCCCCUUUGCUAAGCGAAAUUAAUCCGAUAUACGGCGCUGAUCACUCUAUGUCAUUCCAUAAUAAUACAUU